GGCUGACAAGCUGGUUCGGUGAGCGUGCGCGCAUGCAUGCAUGAGAGCUGCGAGGCCUGGCCCGAGGAGGAGCGUGACUGUACGCGUCAGCCUGUGACGGGACGCGUGUGGUGACGGUCAUGUGAUGCGGGGAUUGAAGGACGCCGAUCCGCGACGCGUACCUUCUCCGGGUUCUGAUGUUCGCGAUGCUGAUCCGAUAUCGAACCGCAAGUUCGGCUGGCGGCCGCGGGACCCUCCAUCACGCAACCUUUCCAUCAGCCCCCCGCCAUUAGUUCUCCCAACCGACCCGAGCAUCCUGUCGUCACAAUCGAAUUCAGCUGAUGGGCAUGCACGAAAAGUCGAGGCUGUUCGGCUUUCGCGGCGAGCCUGUCUCCAUCAGUAGUUUCCAUAGGACCAACCAUUGCGCGUUUAACGUUUGCCCUGGAAACUU